ACAAGCUGUUGUGAUGAUGCUGCUCCUCCUCUUCCUCCUGCUCCUCUGCUCUGCUGAGCCGGCCAUCACAAAGGAUUACCAGCUAUUUCUGAUAAAUGGAAGCAACCCGUGUGAAGGCUACAUCAGAAUCUACCAUAAGGGCAAACUGGGCUACAUGGGGGACAGUUGCUGGAACGAGACAACCGAAGAAGUGGUGUGCAAGAGCAUUCGGUGUGGUAAAGCAGUGCAGAGUAUCAAGGAGCCCACCCUGUUUCCCCCUUAUCCGGUGUGGCUCAAUGACGUGGAAUGCAAGGGGGGGGAAGAUCACCUGGGCGAAUGCACUUAUCCCGGGUUCGGCAUCAGCGAGUUCAACAAAGGGACUCUGAGGAAGAUCGAAUGUUCAAAUAAAAUCAACAUCAGCCUGGAUGGGUAUAAGUGUGCGGGAGCAGUUAAGUACUCCACAGAUGCAGGACAGACAUAUUCCGGGUAUUUCUGUGACGACAGCGCCUGGGACAAAACCGCAGCAGAUAUUUUGUGCAAAAGCCUCAACUGUGGGAAAACCAAGGAAAUUCCUAGGAAGCCAUGGAUGCCUUCUACCGGUUUCAAACAGUCAAAGAAGAUAUCGGUAAAGUGUUCAGACAUCGAAGACCUAACUGAUCUGUGGCAGUGUGAGACUAAAGAACUUAGAUCGUGUCAGACUCCUGCCACUGUCAUAUGCUCAGGUCAUGAGAUACUGCAACUCUCCGGAGACUCAUCCAAUGUGUGUUCUGGGUGGCUGGAGCAAAAGGAAAAGGACGCCUGGAUUCCUGUUAAAAACAACAACAACAGUCCUGAUGAGAGGUGCAAGCAGAUGCACUGCGGAACCUCUUCCAGCCACAGGCAAGCUACUGACAGCAAGGGCAUACAUCUCACCUGCAAAGAUGAUGUAAAAGUGGUUCUGUGGGACAAUGGGAAACCCAGCCACUGCUAUGGUACAGUCUACAUUGAACGUAACAACUCAAAUCUGCCGGUGUGCGCCUCCAGCUGGACCAAUAACGAAACUGAAGCAGUCUGCAAGGAGCUGGGCUGCGGGAAUGUGAUCACUUACAAUAUAAGGAAGAGUUCUGGAGAAGGGAUAAUGGACAAUGUGGAGUGCUCAGGCAAAGAAUCGUCCUUGUGGCACUGCAGAGCCCAGCAUGACCCAGCCCCUGUCUGUUUUUCCAACGCAUACGUCGUCUGUUCAGGCAGCAUGGAGGUGAUAUUGAAGGACACUCCGGGGAAAUGUGCCGGCAGACUGGAGAUCAAGUAUGAGGGCAAAUGGCAGAGGGUCGAUAAAAAAGGAUGGAAGGAUAUCAAUUCAGAUGUUGUCUGCCGUGUUCUAAACUGCAGUGAAAAAAGCGUUAAACAAGAUGCGGAUGAUUUUCAAAAAUUCAGCCAGGGUUCAUCUGAAUUUCUGGCAAGUACUCUAAAUUGUGACACAAAUGACAAACACAUCUCUAACUGUAUGAAAGUGACUUCCAGCAACCCCGGCUUACCCAGCUUAAACCUGAAAACAAAUGUGAAGGAGGCAGUGGGAAUUACGUGUCAGGGGCAUGAAAGGAUAUUUUUGGACGGAAAUAGUUCCUGUUCUGGCAAGGUGGGGAUAAAAACCAUUGGCCAAACCUAUUGGCUCUCCGGUUCCCUAAAGACAUGGAACCGAGAGAUGGCAAUCACCGUGUGUCGGGAUAUGCAUUGUGGGGAACCUAUGCGAUGGAAUACCACCAUGCCUAAUCAAGAAGAAAAGGUUUGGAAUGAAUCUUACAGCUGCUCAGCCAAGGACAAAUCUCUGUUUCACUGUGGAAAAAUAAACAAGCCAAAUGACCACACUGCCAAAAUUGCCACUGUGCAAUGCACAGGAAAAAAGAAUAUUAGCCUGUCCAAAGGCUGCUGGGGGUACGUCCAUGUUUGUUCAAACGGGAAGUGCGGCGGUAUCUGUGCAAAUCCCUGGACAGAUAAGGACUCCCAAAUGCUGUGUAAAAACCUGAACUGUGGUGACCAUGUCCUACAGCCCAUCACCAAGAUUAAAGAAAGCGUGGAGGUGACUUUCCAGAGUUUCCACUCCACAGAGAAGAUCAACAACCUGGACCAUUGCAGUCUCAUGAGCUUUGAUGACAAUGAUAGGACUUGUAACAAUAACCCAGCCUAUGUUGUCUGCUCAGGUAGUGUCAAGGCCAAAUUUGAUAGUUCCCGAGAAAAAUGUUCUGGAAACUUGACAGUGCAAUACGAAGACCAAUGGCUUCCAGUUUGCGAAGAGGCUAUUAAAGACAUCAAAACACGAAACACUAUCUGUCGAGAGUUGAACUGUGGUCUGGCAGCAGAUGAGAUUAAAUAUAACGGACCCAAAAAUGCAAAACCUCAUGUCAUUUCACAAAUACAGUGUUCUAAAGAUGACUUCAAGGAUUUAACACACUGCAGUAUAACUUCUGGGAAUCGCCCAUGCACUCCUGCUGCCCUCAAAUGCUCCAAGUGGAGUCAGUUCGCGCUGCCUGGUGCCACUACCUGUAGUGGAUAUCUGUUUGUUGACUCGGAGGGGAAAAGAAGUGCUGUUUCCACUCAAGGCUGGACAGAAACUGAGGGGGAAAGACUUUGCAAUGAUCUGCAAUGCGGCAAAUUAAAGUUGAAUGAGACAAGAACAUCAAUUGUAUCCCCGACCACGAGUUUCAGCUGUGCAGGUGUAGAGAAUCCAGAGUCCAUCUGGGACUGUUUGAAGGAAACCUCACCCUUGGUACCAGGCAACGCAACCCAGCAGCUCUUUAUUGAAUGUCAAGCUGAUCCUAAGGUCGAACUUUCAAGCAAUUGUUUUGGUGAAGUGAAAAUAAAUGACAUCGAAGUGUGCAGCACAAAUUGGGAAGACAGUUACUCACGUUUGACUUGCCAAGAAAAGGAUUGCAGAAACGCCAUUGGUUUCUCUGUUGUCACAACGCCGAAGACGGGUAAACGGUACAACUAUCUCACCUGUGAGGAAAACCAUUAUAGAAUUGGCCAGUGCAAGAGAGUCAUGGAAACGUGUGACGAUAAUUUGGUUUCGGUAUUCUGUACUAAAAAUGUCGAAUUCAAAACUACAGAAAAAUGUGGAGGUCAGAUUCAAGUCAAAUAUCGAAGUAAUUGGGAAAAAGUGUGUCCCCUGAAGUCCUUUCCUCGGAAACUUAUGGAAAUACUGUGUCAAAAGCUUGAAUGUGCAGGCUACAAUAGUAGCAUACAGGGAACUAUCAAGGCCACAGGGGAGAACUUGGCUACAACACUGAAUUGCACCGAAAACCACAUGGACCCUAAAUACUGUGUCGAAAUAAAGAGUUGCACAAACGAAAACCCAGCAGAGAUCUACUGUAACGGGUACACUGACAAAACUAAAGAGACUGAAACCACUUCGACCCCAACAGUGGCCAUUAUCCUGGGAGUAGUAUUACUUUUGGUUCUUGUGAUAGUAAUUGUCGUAAUUGUACGAAUCUGCAUUGUCAACAAAGACAAGAAUAUAUCGUCGAGAAUGCUGAGAAAGAAAAUGUCGAUAAAUGAAGUUGAGAUAGAGAGUGGAGACUACUACAACGUCCCGGACAGACCAAACGAAAUGGAGGACUUGGGUGCGGCCAGUUUCAGAUCGGAGCGUUCCUUCCAUUCUAACAAUGAGCUCAGUGAUGCUGCUGAGACUCAGCUCCUGACCCUUCAGACCAACACUGCUGCUGCAGGAGAAAAAAGCAUCCCGGAUGUUCCCAUGGAUACAGUCUCAGAUGGGGGGAACAUUGAGGAGGAAGACCCGCAGGAGGACUACGACGACAUUGAAGCCUUCCCUGAAAUCACUCAGACCGAAGCAGACGUGCACGAGAGUGACACAGAGGAACCUCUUUUGGUGGAGGGAGACGAUAAUUACCUGGUGCCAGGCCAGGAUGGGUGAGCCAACCCUGGGGUUAGCUGACAAAGUAGAUUGCGCCAAAAACCUAGCUAUCAAAAAGUUCAACUUUACAGUCAAUAUAUUUACAGUAAAUAAUAUUUAAAUGUAGCAGUCAAUUUUUUAUUUUAUUUCAGCGCCUUCAGCAAAUGAGCACAGAAAAACAGCAUCUAAAGAUACAAAAAUGGAAUCACUUUUUCUUCUAUUCAGAAUUUCUACAAUCUGAUUUUAAAUACAGUCUUUUUUGUAUACACAUAAAAUAGACUCUGAUACUGCUGUGUACUGCAGAUUUUUGUACUUUGCAGGGACAUUGCUAUUACUUCUUAUUUUACAAAAGUGAGUUUUAUAAAAUGUACAAAGUUUGCAAGCUAAUCACAGGAGAGGGAGAUGAAUGAGGUGGUUUAUUUUCUCUUUAAAUGUACAACAUUAGAGCAGUAAGAACAUAUAUGUAACUUUCUCUUUUUUUUCAUAUGGCUUUUAUGUUAUGUCCUCAGAAUGUAUCUGUUUAGUAUAUUCAUUAGUAGAGCUUCUAUAAUCAAGUGAUUGAUUUCACAGUAGUUUGUUGAUUGGUCAACAACUAUAUUUGCACAAUGCAUAAAGCAGUCAUAAAAUGUUCUCCAUUCAGCACAUUUACAGCAAAAAUAACAUGAUUAUUACAGAAGUCAAACUUCUAACUGCUUCAGUAAACUCCAUAAUUGCAUUUGUUUUCGUUUAGGCUUUGUAAAAAUAAAAUACAUGGUCAUACUGUGUAGUUUUUGUUAAAUAAGCUUUGUAAGAAUGUAUACCAUUGAGAUUUUACAAUGUUAUAAUUGCACACAUGUCACAGUGUUUUUUACACUUAGGAACGAAGAUUUUGUAAUCCAACUCUUUGCAAUUUGUAUAUUUUCACAAAGUCAAACGGACCUGAUCCAUAAAACAAGUUUGAAUGUUAA